CUCUGGGCAGGUGGGUUUGCUCUGGUGACUUGCCCACCUCCCAGCAUAAGGUGGGCAGCACGUGUUCCCUUUGCAUGACGCUGCGGAUUUAUUCACAGCUCUGCGAGAUCGGCUGCGGUGCAUUUUCAUUCUGUGCAUUGUUCUCUGGGGCUGGUGAUGCCAUCCCAUUGUGCUGAGUUUUUAAGAGUGUGAGCAGCACUGCUGAUGUGACUCCCUGGCUGCCUACUUUCCACUGGCCUGGGAUAAAAUUGGGUGGCUCAUUCUCUGUGGGACGCAGGCGCGUGCAGGGAAGCAGGCGCGCCCAGGGCGAUGGGGUCAGUUUAGCUGGGACACUGCAAAGCUAUGCAGGAUUCACCCAGCUCUCUGGUGAUGGAUGGAUACUCCAGCAAUGUCCCAGCCUUCCUAACAAAACUCUGGACGCUGGUGGAAGACCCUGAAACGAACCAUCUCAUCUGCUGGAGUUCUAAUGGCACCAGCUUCCAUGUGUUCGACCAAGGCCGCUUUGCCAAGGAGGUGCUGCCCAAGUAUUUCAAGCACAACAACAUGGCCAGCUUCGUCCGGCAGCUGAACAUGUAUGGCUUCAGGAAGGUGGUGAACAUCGAGCAGGGGGGGCUGGUCAAGCCUGAGAGGGACGACACUGAGUUCCAGCACCUCUGCUUCCUGCAGGGCCAUGAGCACCUCCUGGAGCACAUCAAGAGGAAGGUGUCAGUAGUCAAAAGUGAGGAGACCAAGAUGCGCCAGGAGGACCUCAGCAGGUUGCUAUAUGAGGUACAGAUUCUGAGAAGUCAGCAGGAGAACAUGGAGUGUCAAGUGCAGGACAUGAAGCAACAAAAUGAAGUUCUUUGGCGGGAAGUUGUUUCUCUGCGGCAGAACCACUCACAGCAACAGAAAGUCAUCAACAAGCUGAUUCAGUUUCUGUUUGGCCAGCUCCAAUCAAGCCCCAGCAGCAGUGGGAUAAAGAGGAAGCUACCUCUGAUGCUUGACAAUGGGAUCUCAGCUCCACCAGUGUCCAAGUUCAGCCGGCAUUUGUCCCCAGAGCCCCUCCAGGAGCCCUAUUUCAUCCAGUCGCCCUCGACAGAGCCUGCCUCUUGCUUAAACAGCCCUGCAAUCGCUGGAGGACCCAUCAUAUCUGAUGUUACUGAAGCAUCACCAUCCAACAUCAUGAAUAUGCAAUCCCCUCCUGAAAAUGACAGGGAGAAGUGCCUCAUGCUGAUCAAGGAGGAGCCAGUGAGCCCUGGAGUGAAAGGCAGCGUGGAGCCCGAGGUGCCCCUGCCCGGCUGCCGCGCCUGCUCCGAGCCCCCGGUGCUGCCCGUGGCCAUGGUCCAGUCUGUGCUGGAGGGCAAAGGCAGCUGUGCUGCAGCCCCACCAGGGGCCUCCCAGGCACCUGAGAGGAGAGGCAGGAGGGCCCUGCUGGACAGAACAGAUAUUUCAGACCCACUGGAGGGCACUGACUGGAGCCUGGAGGGGCUGCAGCUGCUGCUGAGGAGCCAGCAGUACAGCCUGGAGCCUGCCAGCCUCUUGGAUGUCUUUAAUCCCAAUUUAUCUCUGAGUGAAUGGAAUUUGACUGAAAUGGAAGCCAGUCUGCCCCCGAUGCAGCGACUCACAGUGGAUCUGGAGAAGAGUGCAACUGAGCUGCCCCCAAAAGUGUUCAACCCACCAUUCAACAGCACCUGCCCAGGGAAAGAUGUCAUCCUUGAAAGUGCCCAGCAGUUCCUCCUUGACCGUCAGUCAAUCUUUGGGAACGACCUCAUCAGCUUGCCUGAAAAUUCAUCACUUUAUGUUCCUUCUGAAAAUAUAGCUUCCUACAUGUCCUCUGGGGGUGUCCAAGGGGAUAUCCCUCUAAACCUGAGUUCUUCCAUGGACAACAGCCAGUGAUUUAGCUCCCAAGAAACAAAACCUCCCUCCCACCCAUCCAAGCAUCCACAGCUUGAAUUCUGAAGAAACAAAACUGACUCAGUAACCCUCAAGAGAGUUUCUUUUUGUGUCCUUUUUUUUUUUUUUUGAGUAGGUGGAAAUGGUCAGUAGCUGUUGCAUUACCCUCCCUGCACCUGGAUUUUAGUGUUUUUUAAAACAAAACUACUUCUGGUGCUUGCUCUGAGGGGGAGUGAGAACUUGUCAGGAUUUUUUUUUCCUUGAAAAUGCUUUAGAAAUUUCAAAUCUUUUAAUAAAACUCAAGUGAAGAGUAGCUUGAAAGUCCAUCUGAGACUUCAUAAAAUAGUGAUCCUGACUAGUGUCUGCAAUGGCAGACUGUUGGAUUUUACUGGGGCAGCACAGAUUGGCUAAGAUGCCUGACCCUUGUUGAUGCUGGUUAUUGAAUAGGAAAAUAGUUCUCAUGCCAGUCCAAUGCUCUAAAAAGAUUUUUUAACCAUUUUCUGGGUUUGGUGGGAUGCACCUGUUCCUCCUAAGGUGAGUAGGAAGAAGAUCCAAUGGGGUUUGUAGAAGCUUGUUUUCUGAGUGACCCCACCAAGAAUGUGCC